UUUUCCAAGCAGCCGGAGUCUGCUGAGAAGCCCUGAGAAGAGUCAAGGCAAAAAAGAAAAGGAGGAGGCUCUCACCACAAAGGAGGGAAGAUGGCAGAGAGCUCCCUGUUUGCGCAGCGCCUGCACGCCAUUGCGGAGCGGCGCAGGCUGCAGGAGCGUAUCCUGGCCACCCGCCGGGAGCUGGAGGAGGAGAAGCUGCGAGCCCAGCGCCUCAAGAGGAAAUCCUUGCGGGAUCGGUGGCUGAUGGAAGGGAUGUCCGCACCCGCUGAUGACAGCAAUCACAUGUCUUCUGUCUGGGAGGCACAGGCUCGCAUCCAAGGAUUGGAAGAGGACCUGUCCAGCCUCCAGUCGCAAAUGCAGCAGCUGGAUGAGCCAGAGGUUCAGCCCGAGGAGUCUGAGAAGGCUUUGAAAGAAGUGGCACAGAGAUCCCUGGAUGGCACUGGGCAGGUUGAUGAGAUGUCUUCUUCUGCUCCAAGUGGUGGAUCCGGCAGAGAAUGCAGCCCCGAAAAGGCCAAAGUCGAAGUGAGUCCUGUGGCUGUAGAAGCUGGGGAUACGGAGUCUCAUCAGGGGAGGCCAGAGGCUGCUCCUGCAGUGAAGCCCUCCUGCCAGAGCUCGGAGCCUAGUGAAGCCCCUGCUGGCCACCAGAGGAAGUUAGCAAUGGAGGAGAUGGUCAUCAGGGACCACUUGGGCCAGGAAGUGGGCAGCAUGGAUGCUGUUGGACAGAAACAAAGCUCCAUUGGGAAGCAGGAAGAACUGGAGGGCCACACUGACCUGGGGAAUGGAUGUAGCCUGGCCCCUCUUCACAGGGCUGUGUGUCAAGAGGAGAAUCCAAGAGCUGCAGAACGGCAACAGGACGGUGAACUUGGCAGCCGUGAUGGCCCAGAAGGGGAGUCCCCCACUUUCCAGGAGGAGUCAAGUUCCUCCAGGGCCCUGCAGGGAGAGACCAGUGGCCUCGAUUCCCCCAAGCAGAACUCAGACUGGGAGCUAGAGAUGGGCUCCCUGGCCAAGGAGGUGGCUGAGGUGGGAGUGGAGCAGAAGGAACUGCCAGAACAGGGAACCAAGGAGCAAGAACCUGCUCAAGGCCUGGCAGCUGGCGAUGACCCGAGGGCACAGGAGCAGGAGAGCCAAGCUGGGAAGCAGGGACCGCAGGAGCUGCCAGGAUCAGAGGUAGUUCUGCUGGGGAAAGGAGGAGACAGACAGGAGUUCUCGCAGGAUCGGCCCAAGCCGUCUUUUCCAGGUGAGAGCGCUCCUGUGCGAGCAGUGCCAGUUCCAAACUCUCUGGAUGACACCAUACAGCCCCUUCUGAGCUCGCUUACAUCAUCUCUGCCAGAGCAAUUUCCACUUGAGGCUCAGCACCCUUCUCCGCAAGAUGCUAAAGGGUCACUUCUAGGCCAGACCCCAUCAUCUUCUCAGAGCCUUGAGGGUUUGCCUCCAGAGCCAGUACUACCAUUGGUACCAAAUUCAUGUCCAUCCACACUUCUGGACCAGGGUCCUUCUUUGCAGGAAAGUCAGGAGCCUCUUCCAGCUCAGCCCCCAUCCUCAUGGCAGGAACCUCCUUCAGACCCAAAUCCACCCUCUCAACAGGACUAUCUAUCUUCCCUGGAACAGAAACCAUCUUCAUUACAGGGUGAGGCCACUUCCCUGCAAGAAGCUAAAUGUUUGUUGGACCAGAUCCCAUCUCCUGCAUGUGAUGCUAAUGGGAAGCUUCUGGACCAGAUCCCAGCCACUCCGCAAGAACAGAGUGCUUCUAUGCCAGUUGAGAACCUGUCAUCUCUUCCAGAUCCGUUAACAGCUCUUCCAGGGCAACAUCUUCCCUCUUUGUAUGAAACAGAGAGAUCCUGCCCAGUAUCAGCAGCUCUGCAGGGUCAGGAACUGGAGACAAAAGGAUCCGUUUCAGAGGUAGCCCUCUCAUUGACUAAUCAACCUUCUUCUCUGCCUGAUCACAUCACUGCCAUUCAAGAAGCUGAAGGGUUGUCCUUAGAAGAAAUUCCAGUAGCUCUGCAGGACCAAAUGCCAACAUCUUCAGAGACCCAGAACCUUUCUCUGCCAGAGACCAACAACUUUCUUUCAGGCCAAGGGUACCCUACAGAUGAAGCUAAACAAUCAGUUCCUGGGGACACUUCAGCAUCUGUGCCAGACCAGCCUCCGCUGGUUCUGCAGGAUCAGAAACCUGCAUCUCUGGAGGAUACAAGCUCUCCUUCUCUGCAAGAGGCAAGUGGAACUCUUCCAGGCCAGAUCAUGGUUUCGCCGCCAAAUCAGACCUUGCCCUGUCUGCCAGGAGAGAAAGGGCCACCUCACGACCAGUCCCAAGAGAUUCUGGCAGAGCAGUUGCCAACUCCUCUGAAGGGCCAGGAAAUGCCCCUUCCAGAAAAGCCAAUCCUCUCAACUCUUCUAGAAGAGACCCCAACGCUGACAGCCCAGGCCUUGUCCCCCGGUGAAGCCCAAAGCGCAGCACUGCAGGACGCCACAGCCCUGCCUGAUGUCCUGCCCUCCUCCAGCCAAGAUGCUGUCCAGCCCCUCCUGGACAAGGCUGCAACAGCAGGAGGUCAGGAGCUCAAAGAAGAUGGAGCUGUCAGCCAUGCCUCGACAGCAGCAACAAAAGAGGCAGGUGACGUCCUGGAAAAUCUUCAGGCUGAGCAGCAGCCUCUCCUGAACGAAGCUAAGGCCUCGGUCGCCCCUUUGGACAUUUCCGCAAAAGACCACGAGCCCAAUGCUGGGAUCGUCAAGUCCACAAGCCAGGAGGCGCCAACCUACACCAUCACCUCUGCCAACACUGCCUCCUCAUGCCAGCUCCAGCCUGCAGUGCCCCGCCAAGGGGAGAGCCCAGAGCAGGGGCAGAGCAGGCGCAAGCAGAAGUCGUGCCAGUGCUGCUCCGUCAUGUGAACCUGGGCUGCGCACCCAGCCGCAGUGCCCUCCCCUCAGGAACAGGAGCCCUCGAUCUGGCCCCGGCAGCAGGCUCGGAAAUUGGUCGUGUGCCCUGCCAGUAGUCUAGCGUAGGCAUCACUCUCACUCUCACACACACAUGCACGCACACACACUCCCUGGAGGGGCACAGGUGCUGGUUGUAGAGAUGAGCCUCUGGAGGAAUGGCUGAAAGACUAGAUUUUCCUCUUGGCUUAGUUCACAUGGCUCCCCUGCAGUUGCUGAAAGGGAGGGAAAUGCGAUGCCCUGGCUGUUGGAGAGGGACCCACCUGGCUUGGUGUAUGUGCAAUCACCCGCUGACCCAUGGACGGACGGAUGGACACACACACCCCCCACACACACACACGCCCUGCACUCACUCGCAGCUUAGGCCCCCAUUUCCCUGGGCAUACUGUCAUGCACUGCCUGGCCUUCACCACCCUUCCCUUCCAUUCUGUUUCACAUCUAUGCAUUCCAUCCAUUUUGGUGUGCUUGCCAUGUACACUGCACAUCUUGAAUGCACAUGCCCAUGCACAGGUGUUCUAAGAUGCAUACACAGGUACAGACAUUCAGACCGUCACCUAUUUGCUCUCACUGGCUUGCAGUGCAUUAAUCCACAUGUCGGGAAGAGCCCACUUUUUACGUGCCACUAUGCAAAUACUGGCUCCUGCAUACUUGUGUGUAACUUACAGGUCUGGACACAAAGCAUACCCAUAUGCAUGCAGUGACAUCUGCACUCUCCGCAUGUGCCUGAAUCCCUCUGCCAGCUUGGCACCAAAUCAGUCUGGGCACAUUCCAGCGCCGAGCAGUCUCUUCCUCCCCUCUGCACCGCCUCCUGCAUCCUCGCUGAGAUGGCCUUGUGCCACACGAUGGAUCUGGCAAGCAAUGCUCAACACGGUGUGGCACUUGGGCACAAGUGGACUCCCUGCCAGCAGGUGGCGCCCCACAGAGACUUGGAUCGUGGCCUUCCAGCUAAGCUCUCACAUGGUGCAGACGUUACACUCUCACUGGGCCGGACUGAGAGAAGAUCCCGCCAUUCCUGCCACGAGCCCUGGGCCUGUGUUCCGCCAGGGCACGAGGGCCCCCAGCCCCUCACCCUCCUCCCCUUUCCAUGAUGUUUAUUCUAUGCACUUUGUUUUAAUUCUGAUGGUAUAACCUCUGUUAGGGCCACCACCAAAGCCAGUAUGAGCCUUUUACAUGUCAGUUCCUGGGAAGUAGAGAAAGCAAGAAAGAGAAUGAGAGAUCUUCAAUUAAAGUCAGAUGCAAUGGCAAGCAGGACCUCUGGCUGUGCUUGGGGGUGAGAGAAUGAGUCUUGUGUU